AUGACAAAGGCAAUCUUGUUCAAGCCUAUCAGCGUAAGGAUAGAGCUGACACUAAUUUUAGGUGAUCCCACAGCGGCAUACAUCGAAGUGCGGGACCCCGCCCCAGAUCCAACAUCUCCUCGUGUCAUGGCCCUUGCAAGAGAGAAAAUCGAGGCAUGUGUUCGGGGACAUCGGCGCUGCCAAAGCUUGAGCUUAGCUUUCCCUGGUCCUCGUCUCCCUACACGACUUGUAGACUGCACCGACCUCGCUCAACCACGGCUAGUUACGAUACCCAGCACAGAACACGGCGAAUAUCUCGCGCUGAGCUACGUGUGGGGCGAGGACCAAGUCCACAAGACCACGACAUUGAACGAAUCCACGUACAAACGUGGUAUCGCCCUUUCCAUUCUCCCUGCAACCAUCCUGGACGCGAUCCGCGUCACGCAUAUGCUGGGAUUCCAGUGGCUUUGGGUCGACAGCUUAUGCAUCAUCCAGGACUCGGAUGAGGACAAGAUGCACGAACUCAGCCACAUGCAUCGAAUCUACCGUGGUGCGCAUGUAACGAUUGUCGCCGCGAGUGCGGAGAGAGUCAGCGAGGGCUUUCUGCAAAAUCGACCACCCCCAGAAGACGGCGUCGCUCUCCCCUUCAUUUGCCGCCAGUGGCAGGUUGGUCAAGUAUACCUCUCUCCGCGCCAAGCGUUGGAGCCUAGGACGUACAGGUCUCUGUUCGGAUGCAUGGCCACGCGUGCUUGGUGCAUGCAGGAGUACCUGUUGUCGCCUCGAUGCCUCAUCUUUUCCCCUCAAGGACUCCGGUUGAGGUGCUGUCAAGUCAUGCGGUCUAUUGGAGGUUCGUCCUGGGACCGAGCUUUCAUAUGCGACGAUAUCCAGCUACCCGACACUCUCCUCCUCCCCAUCCCGCCUGCAGCAGACCAUAAUUCCGGGAAGUGGGAAACGUUGAACGGAGUCUGGGGGGUUAUUGUAGGGAACUACAGCAACCGCACGGCGAAGGAGGAGUCGGACAAGCUGGUCGCGUGCGCUGCGGUUGCAGCGCAUUUCCACCGCGUCCUGCGGUGUGACUACCUUGCGGGCUUGUGGCGCUCGGACACGCUCCUCGUAGACCUUCUAUGGUCGGCACGAGGCUGUACUCGCCCAACAACGUACCGUGCGCCGUCAUGGUCAUGGGCGGCUCUCGAAGGAUCCAUAGAAUGGGGUUUCCCAGAUUCCCAGGAUUUUGCGAUGCUCGCGAAGGUCGUUCAGUGCUGGGUCACGCUUGAAGAUCCCGGACUUUCCUUCGGUCGAGUGACGGGCGGGGCCCUCGUCCUAUAUGGGGUGCUGAUACCCUGCUGCGGUGAACUCGCUGAAAGAGACGGCCAUUUCUCCCGGUGGUUCGUCCCCCUUCCCCGGUACGAGAAGCGCUACCAAGGGAGCCGCGACAGCCCAACCUCCGAGCUGGAGGGAGAGGGUGAAAAGCACACAACAAACCCAGUCAGCAUCGCACGUGUCACGGUCACCAUGGAUUGCGAUGCCGAUGAGCUUCCAAGGAGUAUUUGGAUUGUCCCGUUUGUGGGGUACAAACAGUUUCGUAGCGAAGAUCAGGUAAACGGAAUGGUCCUGGAACUCACUCGUCCUGAGGUCAUCUCAGAUUUCAGUGACGAUAAAGCACUGUAUCGGAGGAUUGGGAAAUUCUGUGCCGAGUUGCCCUCGAAACCAGAGCCCAUUCGCAUCGAGGGCUCGUCGACAGAGAUUCUAUGGGAUCCGCUCACUUGGGCCAGGGAGGUUAGAGAAGGCUUUUUUGAAGACUCUUCCUAUAAAUGUAUUGAGAUCGUAUGA